AUGAAGAGCCUGCUGGUUUUCGGGGGCAAUGGUUUUUUGGGAAGGCGCAUUUGCCAGGUAGCAGUCGAACAUGGCUAUCAAGUUACAUCACUUUCACGCUCAGGUCGCCCACCUCCUUUGUCUGCUUCUUGGGAGAAAGAAUGGAUUUCGGAGGUCAAGUGGCAACAGUGUGAUAUCUUCAAUGCUCAAAGUUAUGGCCAGCAUUUGAAAGGUGCUUCGAACGUGGUACAUUCAAUUGGGAUUUUGUUUGAAGACUCGGGCUACAAGAAACGAAUUCGUGGCAAAUCCCUAUUUACUGCACCAGACCUUCUAAAAUGGGGGGCAAAUCCCCUCAAAAAUGACCCAAAAUUUACCUACGAUAUGAUGAACAAGCAAAGUGCCCUUAACUUAGCCAAAGAUUUUGCUAAACCAGAAAACUCCAAUGAAGAAGCUCGUCGAACGUUUACGUACAUAUCAGCUGAUAGAGGAUUUCCCCUUAUUCCCAAAGGAUACAUUCAGUCAAAAAGAGAGGCGGAGAUGGGAUUAAUGCGAUUGGAAGAAAGUAUUAGACCUAUAAUUAUGCGCCCAGGCUUCAUGUAUGAUGAGAAUUUUGACUCAGCAGAACAUCGAGAUGUAAGAUCACAUGUAAAGAGUUUCGUCGAAACCUUGAACUGUGGAAAUCAACUCCUUCUCAGAGGUAAAAUACCAUUCGUAAAUGAGUUGAUAAGGCCCACAGUAUCAACCCAGCAAGUCGGAAGAGCAAUCAUAAAAAACAUUGAAGAUCCUUCUUUCGAGGGAGUUUGCACUCUUGAACAGAUCUUGAAGACAUAG